UGCACUUUCUGUGCUUGGAGAGCAGCAGUGAACCCACAUGCACCUCCAAACAAUUUUUUUCUUGUGAUUUUAAGGGAGAUUUUAUUUAGAGGCGGUGCUUGUUGGCUCCAGAGUAGCGUCGUAGCGACGACACUUUUCCCUCAGUCCCUGUUAAAAGAGUUUGGCCAGGGCCAGUUGGUGCCGGGGGGUCGCCUAUAGCUUAGUACUAUCCUGGGGGUGAUUGCUGCGUCUUUUUUUUUUUUUAAUCCCAGCAGAUUUUUUUCUAUUUUCUAUUUUAUUUUAUUUUAAAAAAUUUUCUACUUCUCUGAAUAUCGCCAUUCUCUCACUCUAAGAUCUGAUACCCCUUCGAGAUUUUUCCUUUCAGAUCAUGAACAAACUAUAUGUUGGGAAUUUAAGUCCUUCGGUCACUGUCGAGGACUUGAAGCAGCUCUUUGGGGAGAGGAAGCUGCCAGUGGCCGACCAGGUCCUACUGAAAUCCGGCUAUGCUUUUGUGGACUUCCCCGAUCAGAACUCGGCCAUAAAGGCUAUAGAGACUCUUUCUGGUAAAGUUGAAUUACACGGAAAGGUGAUAGAAGUAGACUACUCUGUUCCCAAAAAACUAAGGAGUCGGAAGAUCCAGAUCCGGAACAUUCCCCCUCAUCUACAGUGGGAGGUUUUGGACGGCCUUCUAGCUCAGUAUGGUACUGUAGAAAACGUGGAACAAGUGAACACUGAUACAGAAACAGCAGUGGUGAAUGUUACAUACGCAACCAAGGAGGAAGCUAAAGUAGCCAUUGAGAAGUUGACAGGACACCAGUUCGACGACUACUCCUUCAAGGUGUCAUAUAUCAUGGACACGGAUGCUGCUCCACCUGUCCAGGCUCCCCGCACGCGUCGUGGGGGUCGGUCUUCCCGGGACCAGGGCUCCUCUCAGCCCGGGCCAUCAGGAGGCUACGGAUCUCCACGCCCCAGACAACACGACUUCCCACUGCGCAUGCUCGUUCCUACUCAGUUUGUGGGAGCCAUCAUUGGCAAGGAAGGCAACACCAUCAAGGAUGUCACCAAACAGACGCAGUCAAAGGUAGACAUUCAUCGGAAGGAAAAUGCAGGUGCAGCUGAAAAACCCAUCACCAUCCACUCAACACCCGAGGGCUGCUCCGCCGCCUGUCGCAUGAUCCUGGACAUCAUGCAGAAGGAAGCCAACGAGACCAAGACGACGGAGGACAUCCCUCUGAAAAUCCUUGCCCACAACAGCCUUGUGGGUCGGCUGAUUGGCAAGGAGGGCCGCAACCUGAAGAAGAUUGAGGAGGACACAGGGACCAAGAUAACCAUCUCCUCGUUACAAGACUUAACUAUUUACAACCCUGAGAGGACCAUCACGGUGAAGGGCAGCAUAGAUGCGUGUUGUAAAGCUGAGGUGGAAAUCACGAAGAAACUGAGGGAAGCCUACGAGAAUGAUAUUGCUGCUAUAAAUCAACAGGCCAACUUGAUCCCGGGCUUGAACCUGAACGCUCUGGGCAUCUUCUCCUCUGGUCUGCCGGUGCUGCCCCCUGCUGCUGGACCACGUAGCGCUGUGCCUGCUGUGGCGCCAGCAGGGUACAACCCAUUCUUAGCAUGCUUGUCACUUCACUUUCAGAGUCACUCUUCACAUCUCAGUGGCCUGUAUGGGGUUCCUCCAGCAAGUGCCAUCCCCCACCAGCACUCACAACAGGCUCCAGAACAGGAGGUUGUCUACCUCUUUAUUCCAACUCAGGCAGUCGGAGCCCUGAUCGGCAAGAAGGGUCAGCACAUCAAACAACUUGCCCACUUUGCCGGAGCUUCCAUCAAGAUUGCUCCGGCUGAGAGUCCAGAUGUUACUGAGAGGAUGGUCAUCAUUACUGGAACCCCAGAAGCUCAGUUUAAGGCCCAAGGUCGGAUAUUUGGAAAGCUGAAAGAGGAAAACUUCUUCUCUGCGAAGGAGGAGGUCAAACUGGAGACACACAUCAAGGUUCCCUCAAGUGCAGCUGGCAGGGUCAUCGGUAAAGGUGGUAAGACGGUAAACGAGUUGCAGAACCUUACGAGCGCGGAGGUCAUCGUACCGCGGGACCAAACUCCUGAUGAGAACGACGAGGUCUUUGUGAAAAUCAGUGGGCAUUUCUUUGCCAGCCAGACUGCACAGAGGAAGAUCCGGGAGAUCAUUCAACAGGUCAAACAGCAGGAACAGAAGCACCAGCAGGGCGCCGCCGUGUCACCGCAUCACUCCAAGUGACCAGCCGGGUGGCUCCAGUGGGCACCAGCCAAUGAAUGUAGCCCUCCCAAAUGGACAGAGACCUAUCCAGACUAAGGCCAAGGCCAAGGGGGGACAUGCAGGGCAGACCAGCAGCACCGGGAUCAAAACCAAAGAACUUCGCUAGGGGGGACACAAGUGAGAGCCAAAGGCUGAGGGCAUUGUGUGCACUGCCAGCCCUGUGAGAGCAGAUAGAUUGGGAGAAAUCGUACUGAAGCUAAAAAAAAUAAAUAAAUUAAUAAAUAAACAAAAAAACCAAAAAAAACCUACAAGAAAGGUGGAAAUGGCAGAAAAUUUGGGAACCGUUGUCUUCACGGUUUAAAAAACAGGAACUAGUUUGUCGCCCUGCAUAACGUUAUCUCUUUAGUUGGACUAACAUAGGCCUAAAAAAAAAGAAAAGGAGAAAAAGCAACUCUAUUUUAACACGAGCGUAUACGAGGCAUUGUGAUUGAUAUUUUGGGUUAGAGCGGACUCCUUCUCUCACGCGUGUUUGAGAUAUUUAGAUUGUGAGAUCAAAUAUCCUUAGCAGUAUUAAUGCAGUAGAAACGUGUAUGGAUACAAACUGAGAGCAUGCGCUGUUAUUUUAUUCAUCAAAAUGACAGUACAGCUUGGUGUUAGUAUUUUGCUUGUACCUGAGAUUGAUUGAUUGAUUGAUUGAUUGAUUGAUUGAUUGAUUGAUUGAUUGAUUGACUGAUCGAUUGAUUGACAGCCACUCCCCUUGUUUGUUCCCAUUUUUAGGCCACUGAAAUUUGAAAAGAAAACCCCUAUAAGUAAAUAAGGUGAAUGGUUCUGAGUCUUUGUAACAAGCCUGUGUGUGUGCCAACGCAAAAGAUAACGUCCCUUUCAAAUAUAUCUCACCAUUCAUACCCGAUGCUAAGCUUAUUUUUUUUCUCUCUCUUCUGCUUCACUUCUCAUCACUCUCUCUCAUCGGACACCAUGUCUUUUCUUUUGUUUUUGUUUGGGUUUUUUCUUUUUCAAAAAAUGGGAUAAAAAUUUUUCCGUAGCUUUUUGAUAACCUUGAACUGACUGCCACUUUUGCUCAAGAGAGGUUAAAUGCAACUGAGGGAUUUUUCUUUUUUCUUUCUUUUUUUUUUUUUUGUAGCCAGUAAAAUUCUGUCAUGCUGUGCAGUAGACGUCGUCUGUGUUCAUGCUCGUCGUCUCCUCUUCAAUCAGAGCAAAAACUGACGUCUUAACGAGCGGCACGCGUUCGCCCGUUAGCCGGUCCUUUUCGGACGCGCGCCGCCACACGCUUGGCCUUAUGAGGACGUCGCAAGGGCCAGCACAGAAUGUGAGCUGAGGGCCAGGUAAAGGAGGGGACAGGGUUCGGGGCGGGGUUGGGAGGGUUAGGGGGAGGGAGGAUGCAGACUUCUGGUGUGUGGGGUGGCAGCGAGGUUGGAUUUUAGGGAGGCGCUGUAUGACCUGUGGUACACGACCAGCCGCAGCCGCGUUUGGCUUUAACCCUCUCUUGUCAGGGAGCUUUCUAAAAAUGGCAUGACAGCUGUGAAUGUACGAUAUGCAGCCUUUUUAGAAAAAAAAUACAGAUAUCACCCCUGCCGUGUCCAGCAGGCCAGGCCAGCGGCACACGACACAUAGAUUGUCAUCCUCACGCUUUCUCUGUUCUUUUCGCUAUUUUUAAAAAAAAAAUUUUUAUUUUGGCGAGCUGGCCGCCUGCUCUGCGAGCACGCUGGACACGCAGGUCCUGGUGUCCCUUUGUGCUUUACUUUGAAGAACAUAGAAGCUUGUUGCCUUAUUUUUUUCACCUUUCAGACAUCACCCAUCAGCUUCAUCUUCCAGACGCAAGGUUAUUGCCAAUACGCACAGCUUCCUCCGUGUGUGUGUGCGUGCGUGUGUGUGUAUGUGUGUGUGUAUAUAUAUAUAAAAAGAGAGAGUAAUAUUUAUGAAUCUAUUUUUUCCUAUUUUGUGAUGAGAGCUAUUGAUAAGAAACAAAAAGAAGACAAAGUCCUUUUCUUUUUUUCCUCAGUGGGACACUGCCAUAUUAUUUUGAAGGGAAGUGUUUAUUUUCUUGAAAAAACUAAAACAAAAACUAGACUAUGAAUAAUAAUAUAAUGAAUAAAAACCUGAAAAAAUAGGAGAGCAGUAAAAGUGAACCACCGCGUUAACUUGUGGUCGGGAUGUGAACAGUGCGCAUGUCAGUAUUGUGAUCUACCUCAGGCUUCAGGGUACCUCAGUCCAAUCUUUCAUUUCCCCUUUUUCCACAUUUUUGUAUGCCUUGUUAACUAAUCAUUUUGAGCGUUUUUAAUUUUCUUUUUUAAUGAAAUGAAAAAAGAGAAAAGAUCUACAGUAAUCUCUACACUCUUCAGGUCCAGCCGACUAGUGAAACUUUGUAAAAAAAAAAUCAAAAAAAUAACCGUAGUCAACUUUGUCGGACUGUUUGCCUGGACGCCAUACAAAAGAAUUUCCAAGUCAGUUUUGUUUUUUUUGUUUGCUAGAAAGGAAUGAAGAGCAGGAUCUAAGGGGUACAUACCUGCCCGAUGUGGUUCUGAAUGUGGAUGUUGUGUACUGAUUUCACCUUCAAAGAAAUUAAAGAGAACAAAAAAAAGAAAAAUCAGUUGAUAGAAACAGAAACUAACCGACUGUACCUCCUGUUUUCGUUUUUUUUGUCUUUCCCAAUCGUACCUCCAGGUUUUUUGAGACUUUUAAAAACAAACCACGACGUUUAUUCACUUGUGGAAAAAAAAAUAACAUAAAAAAAAUAUUACUUUUUUUUUUUUUUUAUAACAACCCAAUUUUACCAGCUCUAUUUGAUAACAGCAUCCUCUGGGGUUGAUUUGAUGAAAACACAAAGCUGCAAAAAUACACUGACAGGACUCUUGAACGUGGUGUGAAACCCUAGUCUUCUGUGUAGAAUGUAGAACAACUCUAGUCGUUGAAAUGUCACUGUGUACGACAGGAUAACUGUAUAUCUGUAAACAUGUACAAUAGUCGCACAUUAAUGCAUCGUUUUCUGUCUCUCUAUAACACCUACCAGUCUGCGCCUGCAUUGUGAGAAAUGGUGGGAGAAGUUUAGAGAGUCACAGGUUCCCUCAAGCUGACCUCUAAAUGGUUUUCUCAUCGAUCUACCAGUUAUUACAUUUUUUUCGUUUUUUUGUGCUGUACAUUUCAGAAUUACCUCUGAAUCCAAGGCUGACUUAGUUACAGUUACUAAAACCAGUGUAGGGCAAAGGAAUAUAAUAAAUAAAUGAUGUAGUGAAAGUUAGUUUGUUUUUGGCGCUAUUUUAGGGAUUUUUUUUUCUUUUUCAUCAGAUGAGGAUCUUUUUUUUGGGGGGGGGUCCCAGUGAACACAGAUUAGCAAAAUAAAACAUAAAGGUCUAUCAAACUCACACAAUGCCUGGGGCUGCUUCAGCACGCCUCCACCACAGCCGGUACAGUACCUCAUACUGAUGAUGUUAGCUCGCCAGACCUGAUUCAAUUACCCUGACCUUACCCACACGAAUGCAGUACGGUGCUUCUUUUGGAGCGCAUGACUCCUGCGGUGGGCUGCUUCACUUUAGUAGGGCAUGUCUGUUCGCAGUAGCACUGGAAAAUUGAAUUUUGUCACUUACGGUUUGUCUGACUGGCAGGAGUAGGGUUUUUUUCCCUCUUUGUUUUUUUUCCUAGAACAGAUUUGAAGUUCUUUUCUCGCAUUGCAGAGGACUCCUCAGGCCUCCGCCUCUCUUGUGUUUUUGGCUCUUUACUAGAAGAGCAGGUUUCCCCUCAGCCACAGUCUGAGGCAAAACCUGCAAACAUCAUAGUAACUUUUUCUUUUUUUACUUCCAAGGAUUUUGGUGUUUCUAGGUUCAGUAGGGUGUUGCUAGGCAUUAAUUUCAGUAUCAGAAAAAACACACUCGCAUCACUGAGGACGCACAGUGCUGUUAGUCAUAUCGCACAGCGGUUGAAUAACUUAGGCUUUAUUUUGUUUUCUGUUGAUCUGGUUUUCUUGUCAGUUACACUGAUUAAAUAAUGUAGUCUGGAGCAGUAGCUGGGAUUCUUUAAUAUCCAGUCAUGUUAGAUCACUACUUGCUGUUAAAUUGUGUCCUAGCUAGGAUUUUAAACA